CGGGAGGGGAGGAGGAAUACGAGUUUCUCCGCGCUUGUGGGCGCGGGCGGGCGGUGCGGGGACCUCAGGACCCACUGAGAGCUUCCAGCUUCAGAGACCACGGCCUUUGCUCUGGCCAGUGCCCCUGCCCCCGGGGGCCAUGGGCCGGGUCUCCGGACUCGUGCCCUCUCGCUUCCUGACGCUCCUGGCACAUCUGGUUAUCGUCAUCACUUUAUUCUGGUCCCGGGACAGCAACAUCCAGGCCUGCCUGCCUCUCACAUUCACCCCCGAGGAGUACGAGAAGCAGGAUGUUCAGCUGGUGGCAGCUCUCUCUGUCACCCUGGGCCUCUUUGCAGUGGAGUUGGCCGGUUUCUUCUCAGGAGUUUCCAUGUUCAACAGCACCCAGAGCCUCAUCUCCAUCGGGGCACACUGUAGUGCAUCUGUGGCCCUAUCCUUCUUCAUAUUUGAGCGUUGGGAGUGCACCACGUACUGGUACAUUUUUGUCUUCUGCAGCGCCCUCCCAGCGGUCACUGAAAUGGCAUUAUUCGUCACCGUCUUUGGACUGAAAAAGAAACCUUUGUGAUCACCUUAAUGACGGGAAUGGAGGGGCAAAGGCUGGAGCAACAGGAGCAGGAAGGCAUAGACUUCCGUCCUCGCCCUGCACCUGCAUCUAGAGGAGGAUGUCAGCGUUGGCAUGAUUAUCUUCCGCGUCUAGGAUUAUUCACGUCUUAUGUAGUAUUUUGUAAUAAAAUAUAUUUUUAAUAAGAUCAAGACUUGUGUUAAAAAUUUCAAACAACAUCACCCCUGAGGAAUGUACUCCCUUAAAAAAAAUCAACCAGAUGAGACUAUCAUUUACCCAAAAGUAAAGGUGAGAAUACUGACACAUUGUGAACAUUGUAACCAAUAUCACGGAACAAUUUGUAUAAAAAUUGUCAAAUGGGGACCUAAUUUGCUGUGUAAACUUUCACCUAAAACAUAAUAAAAUAUAUUUUUAAAAGAGUUAUAAAAAUUUCAAGGGAGAUUUGGGGUGGCCAAGCUACUGAAGAAACGGAAGACUGUUUUCCAGCCUUGCAGACUGUAUGAUAGUAAAAAAAACCCGGUGCCGUCGAGUCGAUUCCUAUAGCGACCCUGUAGGACAGAGUGUAACUGCCCCAUAGAGUUUCCAAGGAGCGCCUGGCAGUAAGUACCUUUUAUUUUGGUUAUUACGGUAGACAUCUGGCGGAAGGGAGUGGGUGGGGAUAUGUAAAUAAGGGGAUGCCACUCUUCCGGCUCAGCAAGUGAUUUCGCGGAGCAUUCUGGGAAGAGUUGAUUUAUUCUUUUUUCGGAAGCGAAUGAAAAAAAGUAUAUUUAAAAAUCCACAAAGAAAGAUAGCUACAGAAACGGAGGAGCCUUAAAUAACGUUAGGUAGCUUCAGCGAAUGAGUUUUACGCUCACCCUAGGUGUAAGCGCAAUUUUUUUCAUUGAGUGCGGAGUGGGCAGGGUUUUCAGGUUAUCGUCAGUAAGGUUAAUCCUUACCUGUUUCUCCUUUCGGAGAGCAGAUUUAAAAUGAUGAUUUGGAGCUCGCAUGAUCCGUGAUUAACGUUUCCGCGUGAUCAGGACCAGCAACAUCCUGAUUGCUCCUAUCUGAUUUUACUGGCGAUCACUUCUUUCAGUUUUUGUCAUAAAGAAAAGUUUUAGUGCUUUAUGUUUUUCGUUGUUUUGUAUUUUUUAAGAAAUUUUUUUUGGGGGCGCGUUGUGUUGCUUACCGGAUAGUCUUAUGAAAAGAGUGGUAAGUUUUCCCUGUGAACUGCGUGUAACGAGAUCCUCGUGUAGGUAUGUGAAGGCUGUAUUCAGCUUGCUCAUGGUUCAGAACGGGAUCUCGACUUCUGUAUGUGUAUACGCUGUGUAUGUUUGUGUGCGUGGGCGUAUUAACUCUCCAUCGUGGACUUUUUAAAUGCUGACGACUGAAUGCAGAAAUGACUGUAAACAAUUUUAGCAAAAUGAGAUGAACUGAACUAUAAGAUUUUUAAUGGGUAUGGGAUAGUAAGAUUUUUACUAUAUACCACGUUUACUACAAAAAGAAUAUUCCAUAUAUUCUACAACGAAGAAAAUGAGUCAGUGAACUUAGUUGUUCAACGAUUAAAGUAAAAUUCUGUUGAUCUCCCACAAUGAAGAAUUGACUCACCAAUUUUGCUUUAAACGGCUCAUCACUCAAAUCUGACAUUUGCUUUGUAAUAAAUGCUAUAAUUAUAAGUGAAGAAAUGAAAUCAUAAAAAAGAAAAUUUAAUGAUCAGAAAACAAAUAUUACAACAAAUUACUAUAUUUUAUCUUUAGGUAGAUCUUUCGGAAUCGACUCGACGGCAGUGGUUGGUUUUCAUCUCUAACAUGAUAUAAUUAAAAACAUUUCUUCCUAUUGCUUGCUCUUGAAAAUUGUUCAAUGAUUUCCUCCCAAUUAAGCUGCCGAACAGUACCUACUUCUUGAAUCAUUGUUGUACACUGAGGGUUUUUGAGUCUCGUUAGGGACGGAAAUGAGCAUUCUGUUGUGAGUUUGUCAUCAUUAAAGUUAGGAAUAUGCAUAAAGCAAUUUCAACAUUGGGAAAUAUGCACUGUAUUUUAUCUUCUAUUAUGGAAUCACACAUACCUACCUGAGUAACUGUGUCUUUCCCUGGUGACCCCGCGGGAACUGUAUUUCCAGCCAGCGCAUUCUCACGCACUGGAGCUGGUACCAGUUGCAUUUAGUGCCCUGCCAAUUCCCUUCCACUGCGGUGCUCGCUUUUCCUUGUGUCCUGUCUCCUUGGCAUCUAUGGGUCUUUGCUUUAGACAACUGGUGCCCUUAUUUUGUUGAUGCCCUAAGCAUGUGCUUAGCUUGCUUAUUGGGUAAUCCAUCACUGUCUGUGACCUUACAUACAGCCUCAUGUUCUCAGUUUCCCCGACUAUAUUAAGAGCCUGCUGGUGAUUUUGCCCCUGAAUUAUUUUUAUGGUUAAAUUUCUGUCAAUCAUUUAACCUGACUUAGGAGCAUCAUUACGCAAAUGGGUUCCUCUCUCUUCUGGGCUGGCUCCUCACCUAGCAGGGACUCUGACUUCUCUGGAAAAUUUAUCACCAGUAAAUGUCUAAUCUUACACAUAUCUGUAAACUCCAUAAUUUAAUUGUUUGUUAAUAUUACAUUUUUUAUUACAUUGGUUUUCAUUUCAAAAACUAAAUGAGCAAAGAAUCAUUUUGCACAUCUGGGAUUUUCUAUCAAAUGAUAACUAGUAUCAAUCAUACUUGGUGUCACUAAUCGUCUGUUGUCAAGUCUUCUAUAUUACCAUGACAAGAAAGGCCACCUGCCCAGGGUGUGACUUCCCUGAUGGCUGGAGCCCCACCCAGAAACUUGGCAAAGCACCCCUGUCGUUCAGUCAGUAAUCUGUUGAGAACAUUCCCACUCCUGCUUGCUAGCACAUGGGAAGAACAUGUUUAAAAGAAAGUUACUAAAACACACACUAUUAGGCAUUAAACAUAAAUUACAAGUGUCUAAAGUUCUACCAUGUCACGAAAUGUCUCAGGGUCAUGUUUCCUGAAUGUCAUGGAUUGAAUUGUGUACCCCCAAAAUACGUGUCAACUUGGCUAGGCCAUGAGUCCCAGUAUUGUGUGGUUGUCCUCCAUUUUGUGGUCUGAUAUAAUUAUCUUCCAUUUUGUGAGGUGUUGUAAAUCCUAAUCUCUAUAUAUUAAUGAGACAGGAUUGGUGUGGAGCAAAUCUUGAGUCAUAGCCUUGCAAGAGUCACACCCUUGCUUCAGUCACACUUUUUUUUUUUGCAUUUUUUAAAAUUGUACUUCAGGUGAAAAUUUACAGCUCAAGUUAAUUUCUCUCAUACAAAAUUUUAUGUACAUAUUGUCAUGUGACACUAGUUGCAGUCCCUACAAUGUGACGGCACACUCCCCCUUUCCACGCUGGGUUUCCUGUGACCAUCCAACCAGUUCCUGUCCUUUUGUGCCUUCUCAUCUUGCCCCUGGUCAGGAGCUGCCCCUUUGAUCUUGUGUAUCUGCUCAAACUAAGAAGCACACCCUUCAUGAGUAUUAUUUUAUGUUUUGUAUAGUCCAGUCUAAUCUUUGAAGAGUGGUCUUCGGGAAUGGUUUUACUUCUGGGUUAACAUAGCAUAGCAUCCGGAGGCCAUGGCUCCGGGGGUUCCUCUAGUCUCAGUCAGACCAUUAAGUCUGGUCUCUUUAUGUGAGUUUGAGUGCUGCUCCACAGUUCUCCCGCUCUGUCAGGGACUCUGUUAUGUUCUGUGUCAGGGUGGUCAUUGGUGGUAGCCAGGCACCGUUUAGUUCUUCUGGUCUCAGGCUGAUGGAGGCUGUGGUUUAUGUGCCCGUUUUGUCCCUUGAGCUAGUAUUUUCCUUGUGUCUUUGGUGUUUUUCAUUCUCCUUUGCACCAAGUGGGCUGGGACCAGUUGAUAUAUCUUAGAUGGCUGCUCGAAAGCUUUUAAGACCUCAGACGCUACUCACCAAAGUUGAGUCACACCUUUUAUCUUACAAUAAAAGGACAGAGAAGGGAGCAGAGAGGGAAGGAACCUCACUACCACUAAGCAAGAAGAGCUGGAAGCGGAGCCCAUCUGUUGAACUCGGCUCCCAGUGCUUAGAACCUCUUAGACACAGGGGAAGAUUGAUGCCAAGACACAUGGAGAUCUCCAAAGAAUGCCAGGCCUGCAGAUGUUGAAAGGAGACAAGGACCUUCCCCCAAAGCUGACAGAGAGAGAAAGCCUUCCCUUAGAGCUAGUGCCCUGGAUUCAGACUUCUCACCUCCUAAAUUGUGAGGGAAUUAAAUUUCUGUUUGUUAAAGCCAUCCACUUGUAGUUCCAGGGUGAUGCCUUCUGGUGAUGCACCUCAGAUGAGGGCCCCUCAUGCCUCACCAUGGAUAAUCUUUCCCUGGUCCUUUGUCCCUCUGUCUGCCCGUCACCCUGAGCAUUCAUUCAAUGAAUACUGAUCAAGCCCUUACUAUGUGCAAAGCACUGGUGUAAGUGCUGAGGGAAUAGAUGUGAAUAUGACCCAUGCUCAGCUUGGCUAUGAUUUUUACAGAAACAAAACACCAAGCCUUUACAUCCGCAGUGCCAUUCGGUGGGUUCUAACCGCUAACUAUUAGGUUAAUAUUGUUUGCCAUGAAGUCAGUUUCGACUCAUAGUUCAAACAGCCAAGCUUUCAGCUGGUAGUCCAGCACUUAACGGUUAGUAGUGGAGUGCAAGCUGUUGGCGCCACCCAGAUGUGAGGGGGUGGGGAUUCAUUUGUCCAGCCUGGCGAGGGAGGUGUUCCUCUUGCAGAAGCAGUCCCAG